AUGGCGUUUGUUUUAUGGUAUGGUGGUACUUUGAUGGCGAGGGGCGAAUACUGGCCUUUCCAAUACGUAAUCGUAUACAUUGCUGUUCUUCAGGGGAGCAUGGGUGCUGGCCAAUGGCUGAGUUACGGUCCAAACAUUGCCAAAGCCUCUGUAGCAGCGAAUCGAAUUCUAGAUAUGAGGAAAACAGACCAGCCUGACGGACGUUUAAUUUCACUUGAUUUCGGAAACAUCGGCGACGACGACCAAGGAGUCAAGGUCGAGUUCCAAAACGUGUGGUUCAAGUACCCCACCAGAGAUGUGCCCAUUCUCAAAGGGCUGGAUCUCACGAAGGGACAAUUUGCCGCUGUUGUUGGGCCAUCUGGGUCGGGAAAGACCACCGUAAUCUCGUUGCUGGAAAGUCAAGGCCGGGCGGAUUUUGUAUAA